AUGAAUAAUGUAGAUACGUUUUCUCAAUGUUUUUAUUGUGAAGGAUAUUAUACUCGAUGUUUUGGUGAUCCAAUAUGUCGAAUAUGUCAUGCAUUUAUAUAUCCACAUGGAAUUGAUCAACAACAAGAACCUAAUGGUUGCGAAGAUAAAGGUGAAGCUGAUGAUUCAGGAAAUGAAGAUACUGAUGAUGGAUAUGCUUGUACUUCGGGAACAAAUAAACAAACAAAAAAAUUAUUAACAACAAGUAUGGAUUCAUCAAUACAAACAGCAAAUAAUUCUGUUAUUUCUUUAACAUCAAAUAAUAGACGAAAUGAUUUAUUGAAUGAACUUUUACUUGAAUUAACAGUACCAAAUGUUAUUUGGAAUGAUCAUACAUCUUAUUUAAGUCAAUUACCACCUGAAGUUAUGUUAACUAUAAUGAAAUGUAUGGAUGAUUUAAGUAUAUAUGCAUUAGCUAAAGCAUCAAAUCGUUGGAAUCAAUUGAUUAAUUCAACAGUUGAUUGGAAACAAUUUAUUCGUACACGUUGGCCACUUUUUCCAUUAUCGAAUGAUGAUAAUAGUGCAAAUCUUAGUCGAAUAUAUGAUCAAUUAAUUCGAAGUUCCAGUUGUUUUAUAUGUUUAAAUGAUACGGGAAUUCGAUUUGAAAAUAAUGGACAAAUGCAACCAACAUUAUGGCGUCAUAGACGAUUACAAAGUGAAAUUCGUGCGUUACGCGAUGAUCCACCUGAUGGAAUACGUGCUGAACCAUUAGAUUCAUCUUGUUGUCAUUGGCAUGCUUCUAUUUGGGGUCCUAGUUCAUCACCUUAUGAAGGUGGUAUUUUUUAUCUCUAUUUGCAUAUUCCUCAAUCUUAUCCAAUGAUUCCUCCAGUUGUACGUUUUAUAACGAAAAUUUUUCAUCCAAAUAUAAAUAUUCAUGGUGAUAUUGGUCUUGACUCAUUUGGUUCAAAUUGGAGUUUAGCAUUAACAAUAUCAAAAGUACUUAUAUCAGUACAAUCAUUAUUAAGUGAUCCAUAUUCACAUAUAUGUAUGAAUCGUCAAGCAGCUGAUUUAUAUACAAAUGAUCGUGAACAAUAUGAACAAAAAGCACGUCAAUGGACAUGGGCAUAUGCUAUGCAUGAUUAUAUAAAUGGAGAUGAAAUUGAAAUUUAG